AUGUCUACAGGGUCCAUCAGCGACGUUGAUGAAUUCCACGAAGCGGAACUGUUAGAUGGACUCUUGAAGUUCGGCUCCGGCAAAGACCCUGGGACUUCAAAUGAGAGCACAGAGGACAGCUCCAACUGUGAGGGUUCCUCUGCCCCGGAGCUUACCGGCAGCGCGGGUAAAAGGCGUAAAACAGUGACCUCGCGGAAAGCGGUGCCUAAUGGUUUGGCUCAUGAGGGCAAGCAGGUCCAGAGGAAUGCCGCGAACGCGCGGGAGAGGGCAAGGAUGCGCGUGCUGAGCAAGGCUUUUUCCCGACUGAAGACCACAUUGCCUUGGGUCCCACCAGAUACUAAACUCUCCAAACUGGACACACUGCGUCUUGCCUCGAGCUACAUCGCGCACCUGCGGCAGAUUCUAGCCAACGACAAAUAUGAGAACGGAUACAUCCAUCCAGUUAACCUGACCUGGCCGUUCAUGGUGGCGGGGAAGCCGGAGAACGAUCUAAAAGAGAUGCUGAACUCUACACGGUUAUGUGGGACUACGGCCUCCUGAGUUACUGCACGG